AUGUCGAACCCUUUCCGCCAGUCGCAGUCGAAGUCGAAGUCGAAGUCGCACCAGUCUCGCCAUUCAAACAAGCACUCAACCAGACACUCAGCCUCUAAACACUCAACUCCCAGGAGGGGCGAUGCUUACUACGACCCCGGCCCAGUGCAGGACCCUGCAUACGGCUACGAUCAGACCGGCGAGUACUACGACGAGCAAUACGAUCAGGCAGGCUACGCGGACCCACAGGCAGACUAUCGACAGUCGCACCACCUGAGUGCACCCGUCGCAAAUGGCCAUGACCGCAGACAUAGACAUAGACACAAGCAUGAGCAUGAUGUCUACUGCGAUCCCAAAAACCAGCUUCCGCAAAACGCAGACUACUACGAACCGAACGUACAAUUCCGGUCUUCUACCCCCGACUCUGUCAAUCUGGGUGUCAAUAUCCCACAGGGUGUCGAUGCCGGUGUCGGUGGUAAUGGAGAUGGUACCCGCGGUAUAGGCGGUGCGAUGGCUGGCGGCGCAGCUGGGUAUUAUCUUGGACAUAAGAAAAGACACGGACUGCUGGGUGCAGUGGGUGGUGCGAUACUGGGCCAUUAUCUGCAGGAGAAAAGGAAAGAUGGACGCGGGAUUGCACCGCCUACUUCAGCUGCAGAUGGAGGAGCAGCGUACUAUGAUGGACAAGAGCAGUGGUCGCAGUCGCAGUAUGGGUCUGAUCGGUCGGCUGGGCGUCGGUCCAAGCACCACCGUCGCCAUGGGACUGGGAGUCGGCAGUGA